AGCAUCCAGUAUACGUGGCUCAGGAUCCGCCAUUAUGAAAAUAUAGCGACGAAUUUUAGGAAAAUAUCCAUCGACAUCUCAAUUUCUAAUCUUGCAUUUAUAUUUUGGAGCACAUCAAAAUGAGAUAUCAACCUUUAAGGACACUCUGUGUGAUUUUAGUAUUUCUAAAAUGCCUAGAUGCGGAUGAACACUCACAUACAUACCAAGACAAUGAAGAGGUUGUUCUUUGGAUGAACACUGUUGGACCUUACCACAACAGACAGGAGACAUAUGAGUACUUCUCGCUACCAUUCUGUCCAGGGCCUAAGGAGGCUAUUGGACAUUACCAUGAGACCCUGGGAGAGGCACUGCAAGGAGUGGAGUUGGAAUUCAGCGGACUUGAUAUAGACUUCAAAGCUGAUGUAAAAAGUAAGACGCAAUACUGCGAGGUGAUGCUCUCUGAGGAGAAGUACCAGGCCUUUGUAUAUGCAGUUAAGAAUCAUUACUGGUAUCAGAUGUACAUAGAUGACUUGCCAAUCUGGGGCAUUGUGGGAGAAAUUGAAGAGGAUGGAGAUGGCUAUUAUCUGUGGACCCACAAGAAGUUUGACAUUGGCUACAAUGGCGACCAGAUCGUAGAUGUUAACCUUACAAGUGAAGCUAAAGUGAAGUUGGCUCCCAAUACUAAAAUAGCCUUUACAUAUGAGGUUGUCUGGCAUAAAUCUGGUGUUAUAUUCCAUGACAGAUUUGAUAAAUACCUAGAUCCAAACUUCUUCCAACACAGAAUUCAUUGGUUCUCAAUCUUCAACUCGUUUAUGAUGGUCAUCUUCCUGGUUGGUCUCGUCAGUAUGAUUCUUAUGAGAACUCUGAGGAAGGACUAUGCAAGAUACAGCAAAGAUGAUGACCUCGAUGAUAUGGAACGAGAUUUAGGAGAUGAGUAUGGUUGGAAACAGAUUCAUGGAGAUGUGUUCCGACCAGCUACUAAUCCAUUGUUAUUCUCCUCCCUAGUGGGGACAGGAUAUCAGAUAUGCUUUGUAUCCUUGGCUGUUAUUAUGUUUGCUAUCUUGGGCGAGCUUUACACAGAGCGUGGUUCCCUGUUGAGCACAGCUAUCUUUGUUUAUGCAGCUACAUCCCCUGUAAACGGCUACUUUGGUGGCAGUUUGUAUUCCCGAAUGGGUGGCAAGCUUUGGAUCAAGCAGAUGGUCAUCAGCGCCUCUUUGAUCCCAUUUAUCGUUUGUGGCACAGCAUUCUUCAUCAAUUUUAUUGCGAUUAGUUACCACACUUCAAGAGCAAUCCCAUUGGGAACCAUGGUUGCUGUGACGUGUAUAUGUCUGUUCGUCAUUCUACCUUUGACACUGGUUGGCACUGUAUUGGGUCGUAAUCUGGCUGGGCAACCCAACUAUCCUUGUCGAAUCAAUGCAGUCCCUCGACCUAUCCCUGAAAAAAAAUGGUUCAUGGAGCCAGCUGUUAUAGUGUUAUUGGGUGGAAUCCUGCCCUUUGGAUCAAUAUUCAUAGAAAUGUACUUUAUAUUCACUUCAUUCUGGGCGUACAAGAUCUACUAUGUGUACGGCUUCAUGCUGCUGGUUCUAGUCAUAUUACUGGUUGUUACAAUAUGUGUCACCAUUGUCUGCACUUACUUCUUACUCAAUGCAGAGGAUUACAGAUGGCAAUGGACCAGCUUCUUAGCGGCAGCCUCCACAGCUGCCUACGUCUAUAUGUAUUCAUUCUACUAUUUCUUCUUUAAAACUAAAAUGUAUGGAUUCUUUCAAACUAUGUUUUAUUUUGGCUACAUGGGUAUGUUUAGUAUGGGCCUUGGAAUCAUGUGUGGUACUAUGGGAUAUAUCGGAACAAACUCUUUUGUACGAAAAAUUUACUCGACUGUGAAGAUUGACUAGCAUGUGGUGCUAUCGUAGAACAGAAGAACUCAAAUUAAAACGAGGGAUUUGGUAAUGGGAAUCUGUGGGAUGAUCAAAUGUGUCCGUGUCAUCAUGACAGGGGUGUCUUUGAGACAAAAGUGUGUCUCAUGAUGGAUGUCGCAGGAUUGAAAUGUGAUCAUGAAUUGAAUGUUCUUGAACAUUAUUAGAUGUCAAGAAUUGUUGGAUCUUGCAUGAUGGGAAUAACAGACAUCAUCUGACGCUACACCUUGCCGACCAACUGCUCUGGAACAAGUUGGUAAAGAACGCUCAUUCCAUCUAUUGGAGAUAAAUGACACUAAAAGUGCAUAUAGAAAUCUCACACCUGUUUUAUAUUCCAUUAUUUCAACAAAGUAUUUAUUGUUUAUGCCCAUAUAAGUAAAAUGUCAUGGUUAUCUACAAAAUAAGAGUGGAAUUAGUGAGGAAUUAAAUACAAAGGCAUGUUAUUGAUACUCUGGAUUGUUUACAAAUAAAAUAUCAGCCGCCUUAGUUCCAGAAAUCUAAUGGUUUAGGUAUGAUAAGA